UUGGCCAUUUUCACUGAGCAUUCUUGUAAGAGAAAGCAUGUCCUUUUUUCCAAAAAUAUUUGUCUCGAGAACUUACUUUUAUACGACUUAUCCAGAUAGCCUCAUUCGCGGUUCAAAGGAAUCGGAAUUACAGUGUCCGAAAGGAAAACAUGCCCGCCCUAAACAUUUUAAAUAGCCUCGAGCCAGCAGGACCAAAAGGAUCUUGGGAGUUGUAGUUCUUGUCUGUCCCAACAAUCCGGAACAACUCACAGGAGCUGGGGGGAGGGAAGAGGACACACAAAACGUUUAACAAACUACAAAUCCCAAGUGGUCCGUAAGCGUUGGCAGCGGCACUUGUGCUGGAAGACCCGCCUCCCCUUGGCAAGUCUUGGGCUGGAGCGCUGCAGCAGAUCCGCAUUGACUGGUUGCUCUUAGGAGGGUCGGAUGGCUGGAAGAAUCGGUCGUUGGCCAGUCUGGCGAACAAUGCAGCUGAAGAGGUGCGUUGGAGAUCUGAGAUGAUGGUCUUAUGAACUCAUCUCAAGGAAGAGGCUCUCGUCCCGGGAGGCCAUGGCGGCGGCUGGACUCAAGGCUGCGAGCAGCGGCAUAUGGAAGAGCGGCGGCGGCGGCGGUGCCGUCGGCAUCCUUCAACAACUGAUGGUCCCUGUUUCCAGCCACGGCAGCUGCUGCUAUUAUACAGGCUCCGAGGCUGGAUCGGGGCGGGUGGGAUGCAGGCACCAGUGGACCCAUCAGCCGCAGUCCGAGGAGCAUUGUCUCCCGCCGCCGGCCUCCUCUUCGAUCGGCGGCAAAGCUAAGAGAACCGCCGACGCCGGUCCUGCUGGGGCAGCGACAAUGACAGCUGCUUCCUUGGGCAGCCACCAGCCCAGCUCCAUCGAAGGGAUCGAUACGAAGUCCUAUCUCUGGGCCAGAUACCACGAAAUGAAAAAGCUGGUUUAUGAUCUGCUUCCACCAGGAGUUUGCAAUCUUCUUAAUCCUGCAGCUAUCUAUGCAAAUAAUGAGAUUAGCUUGGGAGACGUUGAGAUCUAUGGUUUUGAUUACGAUUAUACAUUGGCACAAUAUUCAAACUUACUACAUUCAAUGAUAUUCAACACUGCCAGAGAUAUCCUAAUUGAACAGUAUAAGUACCCAGAGGGACUUAGGAAAUAUGAAUACAUUCCUGGUUUUGCCAUAAGAGGACUUCAUUAUGAUGUGCACAAGAGUCUUCUGAUGAAGAUUGAUGCUUUCCACUAUGUUCAACUGGGCACUGCCUAUCAGGGGCUAAACCCAGUGCCUGAUGAAGAAGUUAUUGAAAUGUAUGGUGGAACACAGCAUAUCCCAUUAUACCAGAUGAGUGAUUUUUAUGGCAAGGGUCCAUCGAUUAAACAAUUUAUGGACAUUUUUUCUCUUCCUGAAAUGACCCUACUUUCAUCCGUGACUGACUAUUUCAUGACUCAUAAUAUUGAGUAUGACCAAGUUCAUCUUUUCAAGGACAUCAGUGAUGCCAUUAAAGAUGUCCAUGUGAAAGGAAUGAUGUACAAAUGGAUUGAAAAGGACAUGGAAAAAUAUAUUCUUCAUGGAGAUGAAACGUAUGCUGUCUUAAAUAGAUUGGUUAACAACAAUAAAAAACUCUUUCUCAUCACAAAUAGUCCUUUUAGUUUUGUCGAUAAAGGGAUGAAAUACAUGGUUGGCAAAAACUGGCAGGACCUUUUUGACAUGGUCAUUGUGCAAGCAGAUAAGCCCAGUUUCUUUACUGAUAAGCGAAAACCUUUCAGAAAAAUGGAUGAAGAAGGUUCUCUUCACUGGGACAAAAUAAAUAAACUGGAAAAGGGGAAAAUCUAUAAACAGGGCAAUCUGUUUGAUUUUCUGCGGCUAACAGGCUGGCGUGGGUCCAAAGUCCUUUAUUUUGGUGACCAUUUGUACAGUGAUCUUGCAGACCUCAUGCUACGUCACGGUUGGAGGACAGGCGCCAUAGUUCCAGAAUUAGAAACAGAAAUACGUAUCAUUAAUACAGAACAAUAUAUGCACUCUUUGACCUGGCAGCAAGCUCUUACAGGACUUCUGGAGAGAAUGCAGAUGUAUCAAGAUGCAGAGUCAAAGCAAGUGCUUUUAGAGUGGAUGAAAGAGCGACAGGAGAUUAGGUCACUUACAAAGAACCUGUUUAACCCCCAGUUCGGUAGCAUUUUUAGAACCUUCCACAACCCAACCUAUUUUUCUCGAAGACUGAUUCGUUUUUCUGAUAUUUACAUGGCGUCUAUCAGUUGCCUACUGAAUUAUGAUGUGAAUUUUACUUUUUAUCCUCGCCGAACGCCUCUACAGCAUGAAGCUCCCCUUUGGAUGGAUCAGCUUUGCACAGGUUGCAUGAAGACUCCUUUCCUGGAAGAAAUGGUACAUAUUCGAUAAAAGAGAUUAUGAUAUGCAUAGUAGAAUCUUAGUUUCCUUUUAGGAGGCUGCUGCUACUAUGUUGUACUUUUGUUCUGAGCACUUCCUGAUAGAAAGGUACCUGAGAUAAGUGAAUAGAAAGGUGGCACUAAUAUUAUAUCUGAAAUCCUGCUAAUAAAAUAUAUUAUCCAUGCUUGAUUAUUCUCUAAGAAUAAGUUUUAAAUCUGGUACCUGUAACUUAGUCAGAGCUGUCUUUGUGUGCUGAGAAGGGUUUUACAUGUUGGUAAGCUUGUAGAAAUAGAUUAUAAAUCUAUUUCUUCUUUAGAACUACACAUUUAACUUCCAUAGAAAUCUUUGCUACAAUAGCUAUACAGUAUAUGACAUAGUAAUUUAAAUAGUUCCUAAUCAUUUCACCAAUCAUUUCACAUUCAGUUACAAACUUGAAGAUACUAACCUGUGUAUUUCUAAAGAACUGAGUAUGGUACAUCUCUGUAUAAACCAGAUAUGCCAUUAGACCACACUCAUUCGUUCAUGUGUGAUCUCAUUCAGAUUCACUAUUUGAUAACAUUAAUUAAUGUGAUAUUAAAUAUGCAAUGGCUCAUUUACAAAUUCAAGCCAUCACUUGAUACUGAAUUUAUCAGAUGAUGUAUAUUUAUAUAUUAAAUCAUCCCUACUUAAUAUACCAAAAAAUCAGUUUUUCAUAACAGCAGGUGAAUAAAUUAUCUUUAGUUGAAUAAUCUAUUUCAUAAAAUGCCAAUUUACUUAAUGAAUUUAUAAGAAUUUUUAGACAUUAAAGCACAAAUAGAUGUUACAGAUUAACCUGUCCUCUAAAUAUUGUAUGCAUGACUAGGAUAAUAAAAAAUUAAAAUAGUGAUUGCUAGAGCCAUUAUCCAACUAUAAUGGAAAGGAUAUUUCCUUUAUUGUAUCCCUAAGAACACUCAUAUCAGCAAGAGUUAAAACAACAUCAGAAAACAAGUCAGAAACUUGUCUAGUAUAAAAAUAGUGGUCCCUUAGGAAUGGUGAAUCAUCAAAACUAAAUUGUUUUAUGCAUCAGAAUUUGCAUGGACUUACCAUGAUCUUUUAAACUUAAUUCAGAGAUGCUUUUUUUUAACCCAUAAAAGGCUUAUGUCUUAGAUUAGAUAUAAGUGUUGUGGGACUCUAUUUUUUCUGCAUUUGAUCAUGUACUAUUGCCAGUCAGGACCAUUGCUGUAUCAGAGUCAGAUAUAAAAAAUACAUAUUAAUAAUAGAAUGUCCUUGAAUUGAAGGCUCUUAUUUAAGGCUGCACUUAGGACAUCUGUUUAUAUUAAGGUCAAACUGUUGUGUGUUGGGUUUUACCCAUUAAGUUCUAUAAUGCUGCUAUAAUUCAAGCUAUAGCUAUAAAUAAAAUAAUGAUUGACUGAGGCUACUUAGAUUGUUAGAACUAUUCAGAUUCUCACUAGAGAUGGUUUUCAAGGAAUUGGCUUUCAAGGAACUGAAGAACACUUGAAUAUUCCAACAAUAUAUUGAACCAAAGAAAUCUUUACUAUGUUUGUAGUUUGUGAUUUCAUGUUAGGGUCACAUUAGGUGAUCUCCUGGAUGCAAGAUGAUUACAAAUUGGCAGUCAGAUGUUCUAUACUGUACUUCUUCCCAGAAUUUUUUUCAAGUUUUUCAAAAUGUGCCUAUUUUUCAAAGUUUUGAAGCAUCAUCAAAUUGAAAAAAAAAACACUACUGUAUUUUAGUAAUAACAACAUUUAAACUUGCUUCAGGUUUAAUUCAGUAGAGAUUCUUUAGCACAUUGAUGAGAACAUCAAUGCAGUUGCUAUGCACAUCUCAUUAAAGCAGCCACAUCUGUUUCCAGGACUGCUAUGUCAUUAAGGCCAUUAAAUUCAGGAAGCUUAGAUGAAACAAAAAAUCAUUUCAUCAUUUCUAUUCUGAUGAAUGCAUGCUUCUGAGAAGUGUAAAUAUUCCAUUGUUUAAUGAUGAUUAAGAUUGCAGCACCUUAUAACAUAUGGAUCAUGGUAAGACUGACAGAUUUGCUAAGAAUGCUGUUGGUUAUUUGAUAUUCCUCUUCUGUCCACCCCUCAAACCAACUUGAAGACUUGGGGAAGAUUAAUCCCCUACCCAAGUUAAGACUUCUGUACUUUGAACUGCCACUUCAGUGGAAAGAACCACAGGGCGCAUAAGCUAACUUGCCAUAGUUAUGUAUGGAAAAUAGGAAUGUUUAUGAUGGUUCUCUGCAAGUGUUUGUUCUAUAGAAAACUAUUAUAUUAGGGAAGACCAUGGAUGUUGCCAUCACUUGGACUGCAUUUCUGGAACUUUUAUCUGGAAAUACCUGUCCCUUCCUUCUCUCUCUGAGACAGUGUCUUAGCUUUUCCAAUUCAUGGGAAAUAUUUCAUUGAUGAACCACUUUUACAUCCAUAUUUUGCCUCUAAAAUGACACUGAGAGCAAAAGGUAGAAGCUGCAUCAUGAAAUAGGCAUCAGGGCAGAUGAAAGAAAUAGGAAUAUCAGAACAGUGCAAUUUUGUAGCCUGAGCUAAGCAUUUCUCUGAAAAAUAGCUGCCAUUUUUAAACACCAAUGAGGCCUAAUUGAUUUAUCUUUUAAAUGUGAAAUCAUUAAAAUACCAAUUAACUUCCUAAACUAUGUUUGGUAAAGACAAUGAGAUAGUGUCCGUUACUUUUAAAGGUAGACUGAUCAGUAAAACUAGAUAGUUUAGAAAUAGGAGGUCAAAAACAUGGAUAAGAAUUUGAUAUUUUUCCAGAAUUGAGUACAAUUGUUAAUUCUGAUUCCUGAGUCUGUCUACAAAAUAAAAUAUGGUGUUUAUCUUUUCCAGAAUUCUGUGUGUAAGAAUAACAAAAUAAAAUAUUGUGUUUAUCUUUU